CCUUUUCCAAUCUCAGUCAAUAAAUACACUGAUCAAUUGUGUGCAUUGAAGCAACUUUAAAAUGGAAAUGGAAAUAGAGGGUAAGAAGAAGAAACUAAACUUGAUUGAUUAUCUCUGUAUUAAGAAAUGGGUAUCGAUCUCAUCUUCCUCAACGUCUUCAUCGCCGGAAGCUCUGUCCAGCGCCGACAAGAAGAUGGCUGCCCAAAGAAAACCAGGCGGAUGGAAAACCAUGCCCUUUGUCCUAGGUAAUGAGACGUUUGAAAGGCUGUCAUCAAGUGGGUUGAUGGCGAACUUCACAGUGUUCUUGUUGACAGUAUAUCACCUAGAUCAAGUUUCAGCUUCCAAUUUGAUGAAUAUUUGGUCAAGCCUUUCCAACUUCGCCCCCUUGUUGGGUGCCUUCAUCUCUGAUGCUUAUGUUGGCAAAUUUUGGACCAUUGCUUUCUCCUCCGUGGCUCAAAUUUUGGGAAUGCUGACGUUGACCAUAAUAGUAUCGUUGCCGCAUUUGCAUCCUUCACCAUGUACAACUGCUCCUGCAGUGGGCCAGCAGUGCAAAGCUCCGACUCGUUCUCAAAUGGGCUUUCUUUAUAUUGGGCUCGGCCUCCUAUCCAUAGGCAGUGGAGGGAUCAGUCCAUGCAGCAUCCCGUUCGGGGUUGACCAAUUUGAUGCAUCUACGGAAGAUGGGAGAAAGGGAAUCAAUAGCUUCUUUAACUGGUAUUACACCUCGUUCACGGCGGUGCUGAUCAUUGCUCUGACGGUGGUGGUCUACAUUCAAGAUUCCGUGAGCUGGGUGGUCGGAUUUGGCAUCCCAGCAGGGCUUAUGUUUUGCGGGAUUGUGAUGUUCUUCAUGGGUAUGCCACUCUACGUAUAUGUGAAACCGGAAGGGAGUAUAUUUUCCAGCAUCGCCCGAGUUGGCGUGGCAGCUUAUAGGAAACGUCAUAAAGUGCACCUUAUUCACAAUGAUGAUCAAUUUGGGGCCAGUGGAAUUGUUUAUUAUGAUCCCCCAUCGCUCCCCGGCUCUGUCGUCACAAAACUUCCCUUGACUCAUAAAUACAGGUUCUUAAACAAAGCUGCAGUAGUGACGGAUGGAGACAUAAAUUCCGAUAACGGGAAAUGCACAAACCCAUGGAGGCUCACUAGUAUUCAACAAAUGGAAGAAGUGAAAUGCAUCCUUAAAGUAAUCCCAAUUUGGCCAGCCACAAUCAUAUGCUCACUGGCCAUAAUGCAACAGGGGACAUUCACAGUCUCCCAAGCCCUACACAUGGACCGCCAUCUCGGCCCGCAUUUCCAAAUUCCGGCCGGAUCCAUCUUCGUCGUCUCCCUCGUCUCCAUCGCCCUAUGGGUACCCGUUUAUGACCAUGUCCUCGUUCCCCACCUCCGAAAAUGGACAGGGAAAGAGGGCGGCAUCACAAUGCUACAAAGGAUAGGUAUCGGUCUUGGUCUAUCCAGUAUAGCCAUGGUGGUUUCUGGAUUUGUCGAGACGAAAAGACGGGCCACUGCCAUAAGUGGUGGCCCGCCAAUUUCCAUAGUCUGGUUGUUCCCACAACUCAUAAUGAUGGGUCUUGCUGAGGCGUUUGGCUUCAUCGGCCAGAUAGAGUUCUACAACAAGGAGUUCCCUGAGAAUUUGAUGAGUGUGGGCAAUUCUUUGACUUCCGUUACGUGGGGAAUAGGAGCAUACGUGAGUAGCAUGUUGGUGAACGUGGUGCACAGAACCACGGCCGUGGGCGGGCGUGCAGACUGGUUGACUGAGGACAUUAAUGCCGGUAGAGUGGAUAAUUACUAUUUUGUUAUUGCAGCUUUGGGUGGGGUCAGUUUGGUGCAUUUUGUGUAUAUUGCUCGGAGAUAUGUAUACAAGAGUAAAGUUCAUAUUGAUGAUGGUGCAAAAGUGUAAAAUGCAUAGAUGAAUUAUGAGUACCUAUGGAAUAAAUGUACAAGGAGACAAGGAGAUGAUAUGUUGUAAUGUACUGUAAUUAAUUUAACUAUAAAAGGGAAUAACAACGCAAAUGUACCACUUUACAAAAUGCAUUCGCAUCUAGAUGAUGAAAAUAUACAUAUAAAAUUUAUUCAAAAGUGGAUUAUAUAAGAGUUGAUUAUAUGAAACUUGUGAGAGGGUUCCGUGGUUAGAUAGAGGAAGUCUCAAGAGGAAUGAAAGGUCUGUGAAGAGCGACAAUCUCUUCCUAGGGUUAUCUAAGGUUUGAUUUUUCCAUUGGGUUCCGCAGUUUGUUCAAUUACUAGGUUCCGUAGACCAGAACGCUGAACCAGGGCAGCGAGCUCGCAGACAGACUUGAGAAGCAGUACUACAGGUUGACCAUUGAGGACGGAGAUGAGGGUCUUUUGCUCGAAGAGUCGAGCAAUGGUGCAGAGCGAGUAUGGUUUCAGACUAAUUUUCUGGAGAUCGGAAUUCUCUUCACCGAAAAAGAAAUUUGGAAGACAAAUUUAGCUUUCACCCAUACUACAGUAACUCGUUCUCCUCCGGAACCACCUCCGUGUUAGGAAGCAGUUUGUGGAAAGUUUUUAAUUAUGUACUUCGUAUGAUUUUUCCUUUAGUGGUACUUAUUUAUAUUUUAAUUUUAGCAGGUAUGAUUGAAGUAUGUAUUUUGAAAUUUGAAAAACUUUUGAUUGGCAAUGCUUCAUUUUCAGACAUUUUAGGUUUAA